AUGGCUGAAUUCGAAGCAACCGUCAAUGAUCUUCAAACGCGAUUAACUGCUGUUCAGGCUGCUAUCGAGGGCAAUUCUCAAGCAAGUAUGUUCAAACCUAGACCCUUUACAGGAGCACUAAGUGAAGAUGAAUAUGGCCUAAUUUACAAUAUUAAAAUCACUACAGAUAUAGUUAAACGUUGCCAACGCCUUUCCCUCAACGAUAACGAGCUAAUGAAUUUAUUCAUAAAUGGACUAAGUUCAGAAUUGAAAUCUCACGUAGUCCUAAACCAACCCACGACCUUUGCAGAGGCUGAAAAGCUAGCUCGUCUUAGAGAUGCUGUAUCGAAAACAUCAGGGGUUAAUGCUGUAGCUGCCUCCGGUCAAACGGCCCAGGAACAUCGCAUUAAGGAAUUAGAGGGUCAGGUCCACCUGCUCCUGUCUUUGGCGUCUAACAAGAAUUCUCCCAACCCGCCACCGUUGAAUGCCAUUACCGGUGAUAUUUCACACAAUUUGUCGAACCACUCAGAAUUACAAAUUGUGGACUACAAUUUGCAUGAUUUUAUGUCACAACAUGAAAAUAUUGUAAGCUACUUUGGAGAUGGUAAAAAUGAAAUUCAGCAAGCCAAAACUGAUAUAAUUGCUGCUAUCCAAAAUGCUGCUGAUCGUAACGCACGCCCCCCUCAAGGUCAGUUCCGCCCGCAUUUUAGUAACUCGGGGGGACAGCGUGGUCGAAAUUUGCGGACGACUGAUGGUCAACCAAUCUGUAAUUUUUGCCUUCGCGUUGGUCAUGUUGCCCGAUAUUGCCCAGAACGCAGCGGACCUCACGGCAAUCAACAGCUGCGUCUUCAGCCGCAACCACAGCCACAGCCGCGUUUUCAGCCACGGCCACAACCUCGUUUUCAGCAAUUUCAGGAGUAUCAACAAGAUUUAAACGGGAACGGGCCUUCACAGUGGGGAAACUGA